AUGCUAGUCGUUAAUGCUACUAAAAUCAAAAAUAAAACACGAUUGACUGUUGUUCCUCAUGUUUGUGGAAUCUGCAAAAAAGCAUUCCUUCAAGAAAAAUCAUUGCUAGAGCAUUUAAAAUCUCAUGAUGUUGAAAUCUGUGAAUCUUUCGAGUCGAAGACAAUAAAGACUAAACUAACAAGUUCAACGAAACGAAAUUGUAAUAAAAAUAUAAAAAUUAAUGAGACAUGGGCUGUAGGUUCCAAAUUACGCGAUAAAGUUAGUACUGAGACUAACGUCAUCGGAAAAAAGUUGCAUAUUUGUGAAAUAUGUAAUCGUAAUUUUUCUUCAAAGACUUAUCUUUUCAAACACAUUAAGCUCCAUAAAGGAGAUCGAUCCUACCAAUGUGAUGUUUGCCAAAAAUCAUUCGUUCUCAAAGAUAAUCUUGUCAAACAUUCAGUGACUCAUGAUCCUGAUAAAAAACGCUAUUUUUGUUUGGAGUGUGGUAAAGGUUUCACAUCCCGUCAAUACAAAGAAAAACAUGAACUAAUACACUUAGGAGAAAAGCCACAUGUUUGUCCUGUCUGCAAAAAAGCUUUCACACUAAAAACCAAUCUUAAUAAACAUAUUCUCAUACAUUCAGAGGAGCGGUUACGAUUUUCAUGUGGUGAAUGCGGUAAAGGAUUUUCAUCAAAAGCCUACCUUGAAAAACACCAUUUAAUUCAUGCAGGAGAGAAACCUUACGUUUGUGGCAUUUGUUCGAAAGCUUUUACCUUGAAAUCCAAUUUGCAAAAGCAUUACCUAACGCACACUGGUAACAGAAAAUAUGACUGUACUGUUUGUCAUAGAAGGUUUAAAAGUCAGGUUGCCUUAGAAAAACAUAGUACAUUGCAUUCCGAUGAACAUUUGUUUAAAUGUUUGUUGUGUUCAUUUGUGUCUAGUGAAGGUGCAGAAAUGGAAAAGCAUGCACAGACUCAUACAGUUAUUUCUAGUUCUGAUAAAGAUUUUUGUGAUAUAAUUUCAUUUAAAGGGGAUUGUGUUGGCUUAAAUGAAAUUGUGAUUGAAAGUGAGAGUUGUGAAAAUUUUAAAUAUGAGGAGCCUUUAAAACCCUAA